AUGGAUUCGUUCACGUCCUUCUUCGAUUCUCAAACCAGUAGCAGAAGCUGGAGCUGUGAUUCUCUCAAGAACCUCCGUCAGAUCUCUCCUUCCGUUCAGAAUCAUCUUAAGCGGGUUUAUCUGACUCUGUGUUGUGCUCUUGUUGCAUCUGCCUUUGGAGCUUACCUCCACAUGCUCUGGAACAUCGGUGGUAUCCUCACAACCAUUGGAUGCGUUGGAACCAUGAUUUGGCUGCUUUCGUGUCCUCCUUAUCAACAACAGAAGAGGCUUUCACUUCUGUUCCUCUCUGCGGUUCUUGAAGGUGCUUCUGUUGGUCCAUUGAUUAAAGUGGUUGUUGAUUUUGACCCGAGCAUCCUUGUCACUGCGUUUGUUGGAACUGCGAUUGCAUUUAUCUGUUUCUCGGCAGCAGCGAUGCUUGCGAGACGCAGAGAGUAUCUCUACCUUGGAGGACUGCUUUCGUCUGGCUUGUCCAUACUUAUGUGGCUUCAGUUUGCUUCUUCCGUCUUUGGUGGCUCUGCGUCUAUCUUUAAGUUUGAGCUCUAUUUUGGACUUCUAAUCUUUGUGGGAUACAUGGUGGUGGACACACAAGAGAUUAUCGAGAAAGCACAUCUUGGUGAUAUGGAUUAUGUGAAACAUUCGUUGACCCUUUUCACCGAUUUUGUAGCUGUGUUUGUUCGUAUCCUCAUCAUUAUGUUGAAGACGCUGCGGAUAAAGAGGAGAAGAAGAAGAAAAGGAGAAACUGAGACUACAAGUGACGUAAGAAGCAAAUAGAGUGAUGUGUGUUAUAUGAGUACAUGAAAGCUUUGUUGUUCUUAGCUGUUAGGAAGUACUUGCUGGUAGAGUCCACAUGUCAUAUAGUUUGCUUGUUCCUUUUGUUGCAUCUGACCUGUGUCUCAUAUUUUCAGUGUGGCUGAAGUUGUUUUAGUUUCCUUACUUCUCAAUGUUGUAGAGAACUUUCAUAAUUCUUCAUGAGUUGAAGGUCGUGAUUCUGCUGUUUAAAUCUCAUGAUGACAAGUAGGGAAUAGACCUCUAGAAGUUGUUUGUGGAGUUCAGAAUCUUGUUAGCAAAUGUUAGUUAACUGGCUGAAUUUAGACUCUGGAUGAGUGGAUGGAAUCAUGUGUUCGAUAAAGUUAGCUAACUCGCCUUUGGUAGGCCAAAAAGAAAACAAAGUUCCCUGAAAUUUGAGUGCCAAAUGUUUCGAAGUCUCUGUAUCUCCUCUUUUACGUUAUAUAUAGGUACAUCCCACUAGCUUUUGCUUACAGAACUCAUAGUCUUUGCUGAUCAAACUACUUAGGUAUCAAUGAUGCGUACAAACAGAAACCUGUGAUUCAAAAAACAAACAGAAACCACACAUUAGAU